GCACAAGUACAAUUAGUUUCAGUUUUGUUUCUCUUUCAGGAGCCGGGCAACAGCGGCGUCCCGACCUCGGCCCCCGAACUCCGGGUCCUGGAGCCCAAGGGUUGCUAAAUGUGCGGGAGGAGGAGGGCGCCUCUCUAGCUCAAGAGCAAGUGGCCAGAGGCCCCGGGAGACCAGAAGAAAGUUCUUGGCCAUUCAGCAUGGUUUCCCAGGGGUCCUCGCCCUCCCUGCUGGAGGCCCUGAACAGCGACUUCCUGGCCUGUAAAAUCUGCCUGGAGCAGCUGCGGGCCCCCAAAACAUUGCCCUGCCUGCACACCUACUGCCAGGACUGCCUGGCCCAGCUGGCCGAAGACGGCCACCUGCGAUGCCCUGAGUGCCGCGAGACCGUGUCCGUGCCACCAGCGGGUGUGGCCGCCUUCAAGACCAACUUCUUUGUCAACGGGCUCCUGGAUCUGGUGAGGGCCCGAGCCGGUGGAGACCUGCGUGCGGGGAAGCCGGCCUGCGCUCUGUGCCCCCUGAUGGGGGGGGCCAGCGCAGGGGGGCCAGCCACAGCCCGGUGCCUGGACUGUGCCGAUGACUUGUGCCAGGCCUGUGCCGACGGGCACCGCUGCACCCGGCAGACCCACACCCACCGAGUGGUGGACCUGGUGGGCUACAGGGCAGGGUGGUAUGACGAGGAGGCCCGGGAGCGCCAGGCAGCCCAGUGUCCCCAGCACCCGGGGGAGGCCCUGCGCUUCCUGUGCCAGCUGUGCUCCCAGCUGCUGUGUCGGGAGUGCCGCCUGGACCCCCACCUGGACCACCCCUGCCUGCCCCUGGCCGAGGCUGUGCGUGCCCGGAGGCCAGGCCUUGAGGAGCUACUGGCGGGCGUGGACAACAACCUGGCCGAGCUGGAGGCCACCAGGAUGGCGGAAAAGGAAGCCUUGGCCCGGCUGCGGGAGCAGGCGGCCAGGGUGGGGACGCAGGUGGAGGAGGCGGCCGAGGGGGUCCUCCGGGCCCUUCUGGCCCAGAAGCAGGAGGUGCUGGGGCAGCUGCGGGCCCACGUGGAAGCCGCUGAGGAGGCUGCCCGGGAGAGGCUGGGGGAGCUAGAGGGCCGAGAGCAGGUAGCCAGGGCCGCGGCCACCUUUGCACGGCGGGUGCUCAGCCUGGGUCAUGAGGCCGAGAUCCUCUCGCUGGAGGGGGACAUCGCUCAGAGGCUCCGGCAGCUGCAGGGCUGUCCCUGGAUGUCUGGGCCAAGCCCCUGCCUGCUGCCCCAGCUGGAGCUGCAUCCCGGGUUCCUGGACAAGAACUGCCACCUGCUGCGGCUCUCCUUUGAGGAGCAGCAGUCCCAGAAGGACACUGGGAAAGAUGGAGCUGGAAGCCAGGGAGGUGAUGAAACCCAGAGCCGGAGAGAGGAUGGCACCAAGACAGAGAAACAAGGUGGAAUCCAGCCCCAGAGGAGGGAUGGAGCCCAGACCCCAAAGGAGGACAGAGCCCAGACGUCCCAAGAAGAUGGAGCCCAGACCCCAAAGGCGGAGAGAGCCCAGACGCCCCAAGAAGAUGGAGCCCAGACCCCAAAAGAGGCCAGAGCCCAGAUGCCCCAAGAAGAAGGAGGAGCCCUGACCCAGAGGGGUGGCAGAUCCAACAAGAAGAAGAAGUUCAAAGGCAGGCUCAAGUCAGUUUCCCGGGAGCCCAGCCCAGCCCCCGGGCCAAACCUGGAGGGCUCUGGCCUCCUCCCCAGGCCCAUCUUUUCCUGCAGCUUCCCCACGCGCAUGCCCGGAGACAGGCGGUCUCCCCGGAUCACUGGACUCUGUCCCUUUGGCCCCCGGGAGAUCCUGGUGGCAGAUGAGCAGAACAGGGCGCUGAAGCGUUUCUCCCUCAACGGCGACUACAAGGGCGCUGUGCCUGUCCCUGAGGGCUGCUCCCCGUGCAGCGUGGCCACCCUGCAGGGCGCAGUGGCCUUCUCGGCGGGCGCGCGGCUCUAUCUUAUCAGCCCCGAUGGCGAGGUGCGGUGGCGCCGGGCCCUGAGUCUCUCCCAGGCCAGCCACGCCGUGGCUGCGAUGCCAAGCGGAGACCGGGUGGCUGUCAGCGUGUCAGGCCACGUGGAGGUGUACAACAUGGAAGGCAGCCUGGCCACCCGGUUUAUCCCUGGGGGCAGGGCCAGUCGGGGCCUGCGGGCUCUGGUGUUCCUGACCACCAGCCCCCAGGGCAAUUUCGUGGGGUCGGAUUGGCAGCAGAAUAGCGUGGUGGUCUGUGAUGGGCUGGGGCAGGUGAUCGGGGAGUACCGGGGGCCAGGCCUGCACGGCUGCCAGCCAGGCUCUGUGUCUGUGGAUAAGAAGGGCUACAUCUUCCUGACCCUCCGUGAGGUCAACAAGGUGGUGAUCCUGGAUCCAAGGGGGUCACUACUUGGCGACUUCCUGACGGCCUAUCAUGGCCUGGAAAAGCCCCGGGUGACCACCAUGGUGGACGGCAGGUACCUGGUCGUGUCCCUCAGUAACGGGACCAUCCACGUCUUUCGGGUCCGCUCUCCUGACAGUUAAAGGGCUAGGACUGG